AUGCAGGGUCAUUAUGUGAAAGCACAAGCUCUUUCUGGAUUGGGAAGGACUGAAGAAGCACUGAAGGAGUUUCUUUAUUGUGUUGCCUUAAAUCCUGAAUGGAGCUUAAUGAAGAAAGAAGCCCAAAAGAUAAUGUGCGAGAUGUUUUUCCCAGCCUUUGAAAAUGUGCAUGACAGUCUCACUGCACCUUUCUCUAGUCGGACAAGGUUGAAACCUGCAUUUUUAAGCAGCUUAAAUACUGUUGAAGAUGGUUCUGCUGCUGGGUGCUCUGAGGAUACUGUAUUCAGAUUAACAAAAGCCCUGUCCCAAGAGCCCGAUGUACUUCGAAGCACUAAUUCCUCUCUCUCUCACAAUGUACUGGAUUUGCAUUUUGAAGACAAUAAAAAGUCAUUGGGAACAAUCCUCUCCAGCUUACCUAGUGCACGUUUAAAAAGAAAGCUAUCCAGUGACUUGAUGGAUUUACAAAGCUUGGAUGUCCCCAAUAAGAUUCCUAAAAAAGAUGGAGAUACUGUACUUGAAAACUCUGCCACCUCUGCAUUACGUGAGAUACCAGCAAUCCUUGUGGAUGCAUCUGACUUCGAGUGUUCCCUCUGCAUGAGGUUAUUCUACGAGCCUGUUACCACUCCCUGUGGACAUACGUUUUGUCUCAAAUGCCUCGAGCGUUGCCUUGAUCAUAACCCGUAUUGCCCACUCUGCAAAGAAAAGCUGUCUGAAUUUUUGGCAAGCAGAACUUAUAAAAAGACUGUCCUUACAGAAGAACUAAUAGUUCGUUACUUGCCGGAAGAAUUGUCAGAAAGAAAGAAAGUUUAUGAAGAAGAAAUGAAGGAGUUAUCAAAUUUGAAUGAAGAUGUUCCCAUCUUUGUGUGUACCAUGGCCUUCCCUACCAUCCCUUGCCCACUUCAUGUCUUUGAACCUCGGUAUCGGCUAAUGAUAAGAAGGUGCAUGGAAACUGGUACCAAACAAUUCGGCAUGUGCUUAGCUGAUGAACUAAAAGG